AUGGAGCUGGAUAUCGCAGACCAUUUGAACUAUAUUGAAAUUAAUGCUCCUAAACUAAGUUCGUUAAAACUUGGUAGCAAAUUAAAUUCUAUAUGCUUCAAGAAUACCCCUCUUCUUACCGAUGUGUCAAUUAUUAUGGCGAAUGAUGUAAAUCACGAUUUAGUAAAUAGAGGAACAUGUAAUCUUGUCGAGUUUUUUGGUUCCUUGCCUGCUUUGAAGAAUCUAUGUUUGGGUCAUCCUAUUAUCAAGAUACUGAUUACAAGAAUAAUAGAUAGAAUCCCGGAGAAGCUUCCCAUGCCUCUUGUCAAUCUUAGAAAAAUUUACCUAUUUGAUGUUUGUCUUAGUGAUCUACAUGAAAUCCGAUGUCUUCUGUGCUUGAUAAAAAGCUCUCCAUAUUUGGAAGAAAUAAUUGUCAUUAUUAAUCAGGCAAUUAAUAAAGAAGGAGUAGAUGAUCUUCGUGUUCUUAAGCAUUUGGAAGCUCAAUAUGAUUCAGGCAUAAAGUUGAAUCGACUUACCAAAGUUAAAUUGAUAGAUGUAAUGGGAACAAAGGUAGAGAUGGAAUUUAUCAAGCUUUUGUUGGCUACGUCUCCGAUGUUGGAAAAAAUGAUGAUAGCUCCUUACUAUAUAGAGCCUGAAUCUCCUCAAACAUUAGUUGAGAUACUAAAAGAGAUUCCUAAAAUGACGGAAGAAGUGCCAAGCAGAAGAUCUUGCGAUCGUAUCAGCGGCCUUCCUAUCAAUGCAAUUGAUGAUAUUCUUACGCGUUUGCCUCUGCGAGAUGCUGUUAAGACCAGUAUUUUAUCGAGAAAGUGGAGGUAUGACUGGGCCAAGGUUACAAAACUUACUCUUGAUGAAUCACUCUGGAAAGAUCUAUCGACUCAUGAAGUUAGAGUUAAGCUAGAACAUCUUGAGACUUUAAUAUCUCGUUGCCCACUACUUGAGGACAUAGAGCUGGAUAUCUCAAACCCUUUGAGGUAUAUUCAAUUAAAUGCUCCUAACCUAAAAUUCUUGAACAUUGGAAGCAAAAUAAUCUCUAUAUGUUUCAAGAAUACCUCAUUUCUUGCUGAUGUGUCAAUUAUGGCGGAGAAUCUGAAUCAUGGUCCCGUGGAAUCACUUGAUGUAAAUCGCGAUUUUGUGGAGAGAGGAACAUGUGAUCUUCGCGAGUUUUUUGGUUCCUUACCUGCUAUUAAGAAUCUCCGAUUGGAUCAUUUCAUAAUCAAGACGCUGAUUACAGGAAUAGAUGAAAUCCCAAUGACGCUUCCCAUGCCUCUUCUCAAUCUAAGAAAGAUUUACCUAUUCGACAUAUGUCUAACUGGACUAGGGGAAAUCCGCUUUCUUCUUUGCUUGAUUAAAAGCUCCCCAAAUUUGGAAGAAAUCAUCAUUAUUAAUCAGGCAAUUAAUAACGAACGAGGAGAUGAUCUUACUUCUCUUGAACUUUUGAAAGCUGAGUAUGAUUCAGGCAUAAAGUUGAAUCGGCUUACCAAUGUCAGCUUGAUAGAUAUUAGGGGCACCAAGACUGAAAUGAAAUUUAUCAAGCUUCUGUUGGCCAAAUCUCCGGUGUUGGAAAAGAUGAUGAUCUCGCCAUUCUACAUUGGGCCUGAAUCUCCUCAAACAUUAGUUGAGAUACUGAUGCAGAUCAACACAUUUCAAAGGGCAUCACCUCGAGCAAUAAUCAAUUUUAAUUUUUAA